AUGCAGUUGUUAAGGCGUCGGGAUUAUGCCCUGGACUACCACAAGUCGGGUUCAAUUUCCGUUGGGGGAGCCGAUGAGAUCAGUUCCGACGAGAUCGAAGAUAAAAUUCAUUACAUUCAAGUUAGGAUGAUAAUACCUUUUGGGAAGUAA